AUUUUGAUAUAUAUAUAUGGCCUAUUCACAGGUACUGUCUUAUUCAGGACAUUAUAUGUUGUUCAAAUAAGUACAAGUGCAUAGCAUUCUUAUAAGUGUAUUCUAAACAAAGCAUUGCUAACAUGGGCAUCCCACGUAUUUCUGUAUUCGAUUUCUCAUGAUGCUCAGAGAGCCAUGGAGCUGGCUAAGCACCAUGGGGAACCCAUUACCAAAACAGCUAACACCUGUACAGAGUGUAAAAUUAUAACCAAGUGCACGGUUAAGGUACAAAGAAAAACACAUACGUUAGCCUUGCACUCACACUCUCAGGAGCAACGACUAUAAUAUUCAUCAGUAUAGACAUUUAAAUAAGAAAAAACUAAAACGUGCGCUAAAAAGUCAUUUAAAUAACAGUGGUUUGGGGUACCACUUCAAUGGCCAUUACAAAGGUACAAAAACGUGUUAUUUAAAUGGCAAUUGAGAUUUUGAAUAGUGAGCAAGUAGCAUUUCUGGUUUUGUGUUGGAAAGAGAAUUUGUGACAUACUAAACAAUAUAAACGUUUAUUUUUCGAUCACACAAGUCAUCAAAAAUCGACUAAAAACAACAAAAAGUUCUGCAAUCACAUGCAUCACCCUGUUAAUACAUAUAAACCUGCACUCCAGAUCAGCUAUUUUUGCCUACAUUUGGAUUUAAUUUAGCUACGAUUCAGAUUUCAGUGAAUAAACUCCUUUGAACACCUUUUGGUUUUUUUAAUCAAGUAUUGAUGAUUUAGCCACCUCUAUUUUCUUUACCAUCCCUUUACUAGCUAGAGUAAGCUCAGCAUGGCGACGCUUUAGAUUUUCCAGCUUUUUUUGCAGCUCCUCAGUGGCAUCUACUUUGUCUUCAAAAUCUCUGAGAAGUGUCUUGUUGCCUAGCAGCCCACACUGUUGUUUGAGUUUCAGGUUGUCUAUUCUUAAACUAUCUCUAGCCUGCUUGGUUUUGGUCAAAAUGUCCCUUUUCUGUGCCACCAAUGCAUCCACUUGCAUCAGUCUGUCCCUCUGUUCUUGAUUUUCCGCUUGUAUAAACUGUAGUUUUUCUUUGACAUGGGUUAGCACUUGCACUGUGUUGGUUAUCUUUUUUCUGAGCUUCAAUAGUUCCUCAUUUCGCUCCUCAAUCUUCUCGUUAUAUGUUUGAUUUUCAAUCUUUAGCUGCUCAAAGUCAAUAAGGUGCAGGCCUUCGGACAACUCCUCUUUGGAUCUCAAGAUGGAUUCAAAUUGGUUGAUCUUAUUUUUCAACUUUAUAUUCUCCAAGCGCACUUGUAUGACCUCUUUCUGUUUGCGGUCUUCUUUAGCCUGUAGUUGUUCCACCUCUUGAAUUAGGGCAGGUGAGACUUGUUUUCCAACACGAUUGGGGCCGUACAGGGCUAUUGCCCUCUUGUGCUCUUGGAAAGAUGCCCAUUCUUUGUCUACACGACUAACAACUUCUUGGCACUGAGACCUUAACUGUUCGAUUUGCUGCUGGUGGGAGGCAGCAUCUAAUAAGUACUGCUUCCUUGUCGCCUCUAAAGUGGACAGAUACUUCAGGUAACGCUGUUCCUGGUCAGGGACAUGCUUGUCCAUUUCGAUUCGUGUAUCUUCGCCCUUUUUGCGUCGAAAAUACUCAUAAAGCUUAUUUUGAAGUUGUGCAUUUUGAUGCUGGAUCUUUUCCCUCUCUGAAACUAGGGCUUGAUACUGCCUAAUGAGACUUUCUCUGAUUUCUUCCUCAUCGCCAUCUUUGUCAGAGUCAUAAUCCAGUGGUUUCAACUCACUGCCAUCUCAACUUCUUCUUCUUGAUAAGUCAUGAGGUCCUUAUCUGCUUCUGGUGUGGCUGUUUCAUACAUUUCAGGUUCAUCGUCUUCAGUCCUGGCUGUAAGUACUGGGGUACUUCUACUUCCACCCUUAGGAUAACCCCCAGGAACUUCUGCCUCUGUUUCUAGAUCCUCAUCGCCGCCUUGUUCAGGAGAUGCCUCCUGGCCACCUUCCUCCCCAGAUGACCCCUGCCCAUCUUCUUCUUCAGGAGAGACCUCUUCCCCAAAGUCUUGUCCAGGUGACUUCUCAUCCCCUUCUCCAGGGGAUGAUAUCUGAACACUUUCAUUUUCCUGCCCAAGUUCUUCUAUGCUAUCUUUCACCUUCUUUAAGUCUGGACCCCCGUUCUGGCUCUCAGGUGUUGAAAGUCCUUUAUCCCCAUUCUUGCCCUCAGGUGUUGAAAGUCCUUUAUCCCCAUGCUUGCCCUCAGGUGUUGAAGGUCCUGGAUCCCCAUUCUUGCCCUCAGGUGUUGAGGGUCCUGGAUUCCCAUUCUUGCCCUCAGGUGUUGAAAGUCCUGGAUCCCCAUGCUUGCCCUCAGGUGUUGAGGGUCCUGGAUCCCCAUUCUUGCCCUCAGGUGUUGAAGGUCCUGGAUCCCCAUUCUUGCCUUCAGGUGUUGAGGGUCCUGGAUCUCCAUUCUUGCCCUCAGGUGUUGAGGGUCCUGGAUCCCCAUUCUUGCCCUCAGGUGUUGAGGGUCCUGGAUCCCCAUUCUUGCCCUCAGGUGUUGAGGGUCCUGGAUCCCCAUUCUUGCCCUCGGGUGUUGAGGUUCUUGGAUCCCCAUUCUUGCCCUGGGUGUCCGGGGAGCCAGUAACAGGGAAGGACAUGAUAACUCAGUUGGACUCCAGCACUGUGUGGUUGUGCUUCCCGGCGGUUUCCAUGGAUACGGCGUUCGGAGUGGAGGGCGGUCCCACUGGGAAUGGCUUCCUUUCGGAUUGGUCGCACGCCCACGUCACUCUCCCAACCAUCCAAUCAGAGCGAAGCCGCAGCGCACGAGCCAAUAGUGAACGAGCUGGCAGGGCGCACGCGCGGCGCCGACAGCUAGAGGAGCCGGAAGUGGUGGGCGGAGCCUGCCCGCUGAGUCCGACGAACAGCUCGGCGGCCAAUAUGGCGGACCUGGGGAAGAAAUAUUGCGUCUACUGCCUGGCCGACGUGACCAGCCUGCGGCUCCGCUGCACCGAGUGCCAGGACAUCGAGCUCUGCACCGACUGCUUCUCGGCGGGGGCGGAGAUAGGCAAUCACCGGCGGUGGCACGGAUACCAGCUGGUGGAUGGCGGCCGCUUCGCCCUGUGGGGGCCCGAAGCCGAGGGAGGCUGGACCAGCAGGGAAGAGCAGCUGCUGCUCGAUGCCAUCGAACAGUUCGGGUUCGGCAAUUGGGUGAGCGCGGAGGGGGCGGCACGCUAACAUGGGGGAGGGAAGGGGGGAUUUAAAGCGAAUUUCGAACUUUAAAAACCGAAACUGCCGAAUUGUGGGCAUCCAAUCCAGGUCGGCUCUGCUCGGAGUUCGAUUAUUGUGGCCUUAUAGUUUAAACUCGCUGUGAAUUCGCGGCAAUUCCCACUCUGUGACUGUGACCUGGGAUGGAGGCCCCCCAGCCAGCUCCCAGCAUGGCCAGGCACCAUGGGGAGUGCAGCUCCGCCAUACCUGGGAUGGAGGCAGCUCCCAGCAUGGCCAGGCACCAUGGGGAGUGCAGCUCUGCCAUACCUGGGAUGGAGGCAGCUCACAAGGCAGACCCCCAGCCAGCUCCCAGCAUGGCCAGGCACCAUGGGGAGUGCAGCUCUGCCAUACCUGGGAUGGAGGCAGCUCCCAGGGCAGGCCCCCCAGCCAGCUCCCAGCAUGGCCAGGCACCAUGGGGAGUGCAGCUCUGCCAUACCUGGGAUGGAGGCAGCUCCCAGGGCAGGCCCCCCAGCCAGCUCCCAGCAUGGCCAGGCACCAUGGGGAGUGCAGCUCUACCAUACCUGGGAUGGAGGCAGCUCCCAGGGCAGGCCCCCCAGCCAGCUCCCAGCAUGGCCAGGCACCAUGGGGAGUGCAGCUCUACCAUACCUGGGAUGGAGGCAGCUCACAGGGCAGGCCCCCAGCCAGCUCCCAGCAUGGCCAGGCACCACGGGGAGUGCAGCUCUGCCAUACCUGGGAUGGAGGCAGCUCACAGGGCAGACCCCCAGCCAGCUCCCAGCAUGGCCAGGCACCAUGGAGAGUGCAGCUCUGCCAUACCUGGGAUGGAGGCAGCUCACAGGGCAGGCCCCCCAGCCAGCUCCCAGCAUGGCCAGGCACCAUGGGGAGUGCAGCUCUGCCAUACCUGGGAUUGUGCUUUACCUACAGCCAGCAAAAACUACAACUCAACAUCUCACUGAGCGUGAGAAAAGCAGCUCCAAACACAGCAGAUUAUUAUUAUUAAUAUAGCGCCAUCAGAUUCUGUAGCGCUGUACAAGAUAAGGCCAUAUUAAUAUUAGUAUUAUCCUGCAGCCAUUACAAUACACAUCCCCCUGUGUGCAGAAAUUUAGCACUCCAGAUCAUAUUUGGUUUAUGCAUCACAGAGAGAAUGCUUUAAAAUUACACGCUAAAUCAGUAAAUUACAAAUUUCUGCAAAUUUACAUUUAAAGGGACACUUUACUGCCCAUUUGCAAAAUAAAUAAAAAUCACUGUUUUGUAGAUAUACCCAAAAUGAAAAUGUGUAUGCGUUUAAUUAUGCAUUUUUUAUUUUUAUUUUUUCCCCAUUUAGUAUAUAUCAAAAAAACAACUUGCAAAAGCUACAGAUCUCUUGUCUGCUGGCUUUGUAAGCGCUCCCCCCCCAUCCCCAUCCAGACUUUUUGUAUCUGUCCAAUCACAGACUUCCUAAUGCUGCUCAGUGAGAUGUCUUUGGAUGGCAGGUGUACUGAGCAAUUGUUGCCUCUUGAGUUUAGCGCCACUGAGGCAAAUAACCAGGAAGUAACAUUAUCUGUUGUCUGCUUAAAAGCCAAGAGGGUGUAAUCAGGUUAAUUUAGAAAAGUGUAAAUUUCUAAUGAAGUCUACAGUUUUUGCAAAAUGAAAAUGAGAGGACACACUCUUCACAUUCAAUACGUUAGGUGUCUGGAGUGUGUCUUUAAAAAGGUACUGUCUGCCUCUUUUGUGCUUAACUACUUAGUCUUAAAAGACCACUAUACGCACCCAGACCACUUCCACUUAAUGAAGUGGUCUGGGUGCCAGGUCCCUCUAAGAUUAACCCUUUUUGCUGUAAACAUAGCAGUUUCAGAGAAACUGCCAUGUUUACCUAUAGGUUAAUCCAGCCUCUAGUGUCUGUCUCAUUGACAGCCGCUAGAGGCGCUUGCGCACUUCUCACUAUGAUUUUCACAGUGAGAAGAUGCCAGCGUCCAUAGGAAAGCAAUGAGAAUGCUUUCCUAUGGACUGGCUUCGCUUUAGAAGUUGUGGACUACAUAUCCCACAAUGCUCUUGUAGUCAUGCUGGCAAAGCAUCAGGGCAGAUGUAGUCCACAACAUCUAGAGUGCUGAAGGUUGCCUAGUCCUGCUCUAGCCUUUGGUGAGUAGAGCCCAUGCUGAGAGUUGCCAUAGACUCUUGCCUACCUAGUAGAGUAAACAGCGUGGUAAAAAUGAAAAUGUGUGGAAAUAAAUAUCCAUCAGUAACUUGGUUCCAAUGAAAACAUAUGAAACAGGUGCAUAGGUGAGCAUUUUUAAUGCAUUAUACAUACAAGUCAGAAAAGGGUGAUAAAUCCUAUUUGGAAUUCCACUGUAACAUGGUCUUAAAAUGCCUUAGUUUUGUAGUUUGGAAUUUUAUCAAUAAACGGUGAAUAGAAAACCAAAAUGCCUGCGAAUAUAAUCAACCUGUGAUGAUAGCUGACUUGAAGUACUUUUGUGUUUUGGCAUUAUUUUUGGCAAUGUUAUUUUCAAUAAAUUACAGUAAAAUACAACUGCAUGUAAAUUGGGAUUUCUUGCAAGAUGACUUUCAUUGAACAUUAUGAUUCUUGGAGUAUCGAUUUAGCUUUCAUUGAAAGUGCAGUUUCUAUGUUUUACAGUUUGACCAACAUGUAUAUAAUCACUGCCCUUCUAAAGCAAGUAACAUGUUUUAAUCAUAUAGAAUCUCAUGAAGAAUUAUUCCUGGUCUUGGGUUAAAUUUUUAAAAAUAUUACUUCUGUUCUUGGUUAGCUCAGUUUGAUACAGUUUUUAUUCUUUAUUUGUAUUUACCAAUUUAUUUUGUUUUCUUUUGUGUCUGAUCUCAGGAGGAUAUGGCUGCACAUGUGGGUGCAAAUCGGACUCCUCAAGAGGUGAUGGAACACUAUGUCAGCAUGUACAUCCAUGGCAACCUUGGAAAAGCAUGUAUUCCUGACAACAUUCCCAACAGAGUUACUGAUCACACGUGUCCUACUGGUGGUCCAUUGUCUCCUAGCCUGACCACACCACUGCCACCAUUGGACAUAACUGUGGCAGAACAGCAACAGCUGGGUUAUAUGCCCCUGCGGGAUGACUAUGAGAUAGAAUACGACCAGGAUGCAGAGACUUUGAUCAGUGGGUUGUCUGUAAAUUAUGAUGACGAUGAUGUUGAAGUAGAACUUAAGGAAUCUUAUGUACACAUGUAUGUUCGAAAACUCAAAGAGAGGCAGAGGAGGAAAAACAUAGCAAGGGAUUAUAAUCUAGUUCCUACGUUUCUGGGGAAAGAUAAAAAAGAUAAAGACAAACCUGUGAAACGGAAAAUAUCUAAAGAGGAGAAAGAGCUCAGGUUAAAACUGAGGUCACUCUUUCAGUUCAUGUCAAACAAAGAAAUAGAAGACUUCUUUGAGAACAUGCAUAAGGAAAGGAUGCUUCGUGCAAAAAUCCGGGAACUUCAGAGGUACCGGAGAAACGGGAUUACUAAAAUGGAAGAAUCUGCCGAAUAUGAAGCCGCGAGACAUAAGAGGGAAAAGCGAAAAGAAAACAAAAACACAACAAGUUCAAAGAGAGGUAGAGAAGAGGGAAAGGAAGGAGAGUUUGCUGCCAUUGAGAACCUUGCUGGGUUUGAACUAUUAUCUGAUAGAGAGAAGGUUCUCUGCAGCUCCCUGAACUUGAGUCCUACCCGCUACCUCACUGUGAAAACUAUAAUAAUUAAAGAUCACCUACAGAAGAGGCAGGGAAUCCCAUCAAAAAUCCGCCUACCCAGCUAUUUAGAUAAAGUCUUAAAGAAAAGAAUUUUAAACUUUUUAACGGAGAGCGGCUGGAUAUCUAGAGAUGCCUCUUGAUAAAGGGCUUUAGUUCUUCAGAGACCUUAGACUUUAAUGCACAAACUCUGUCUGGAGCUAACCUUUACCGUUAUGGUGAACGAUCACUUUUAAUAUUUGUGCAGGUUUUGUACUGUGGUAAUAUUGUUCCCAUGUUGUGCCAUCCAUGAAUAAUUCCUUUUGCUGUGCUUCAUACACGGACAUAUUUUACCUACUUUUGUAGUAGAACUUUGUCAGUGUACACAAGUACAGUAUUGAGGUUUUACUGUUUGUAGUUAACUAAUGUUGCUCAGGAAUGACUUCAUGGUCACUAUAAGUUUAGGAUGGCCGAGGUUGUGCUUUGUGGCAGUCCCUGUAUGUCAUUUAGAAGAGGAAUGCUGCAUCUUGCCUCCUUCCCUCUUGUGUGAUUGACCCAGGUUUCUGCCAGUAGGUGUAAUCUUGCUAAAACUCCCAGCAUUACAGCCAUGAGCUUCUCCACAAAACACCUGAUCUUUACAUUUUACACCAAGGUGGUGGUUUAUAUAAGAGCUUGUUUCACUAAUAAUUUGACUCUGGCAUCAUUGCAUUCAGGUGACUAAUGGGCAAACACACCUGUUCUUACAAGUGCUGAGUUACAAGUGAAUUUUCCAAAGUGUAUUAAGGAAACUGCAUUAUUAUUUUUUUUAAACUCCCCGGAUUUUGAUUGGACCAUGAUUCACUUUCUGUGAAUACCCAGAUAUAAAUGUAUCUGAGGCUAACCCUCUUAAUGGAAAAUGUAGUAUAUGUCAUCAUAUUCUUUCUAGUGGACUGUGUACAUGAAUGAAAGAAGAAGAAAAAGGAGUUCGUCUUGAAGGCAUUAUUUAUCCGUUCGAAGUUUAAAUAAUUACAGAUCUCUCCUCUUGAGAGCUCUGUAAUGUCUGCCUUAUAGAAACGUUUUUGUUUUUAUGAAUUUUGUGCAUUUAAAAUAAGUGACUUUCAAAAGAAAACUGUGCCAAACAUUAGGACAUUUUCCACUAGGGCAGUUAAAUAUUAGACAUGGCUAGGUAGACCUAUCUAUUUAGGGGCCAUUUGUCCCCCAAGCCUUGCUCAGUAUUAAAUGCCAAACUGUGUCUGGUAUCUUUAAUAUCUGUUAAACUGCUACACUUGCAAUAGUAAGUAGAUGUAUGUUUAAGCGGCUCCUUCCAGCAUGUUACAUACCCAAUGAUGCUUGGUCUACUUUGUGUGAUCUCAUGCGCAAGCCCAGGGUAGGACAUAAGAUAGGGUUUCUGGGUGCCGCUAUCUUAGAAACCAUAAGAUGGCAGCGCUGGGAAAGAAGACCCAAUGGGAUCGGCACAUGAUGGGAUCCCUUGGCUGAGGAAGUUAUUUAGUGAUCGAGCCGCUUCAAGGGUGGAGGUCUGUAGCUUCUACAUGUAUGUAAACCAGCAUUUUGCAUUAUAUUAUUGCUUCUUUGGCUUUGAGACAGUAAAAUUAAAGCUAUUUACAGCUUGUAUCCAUAGUAAAAUGGGGGAGAUGUAUACAUUUUGGUGCUAUUUCAAACACUAAACAUGGUCUAUAAUGGUCAUUUUGGCCUUUACAGUUUUUGGAAUAUGUGUAAAGAUUUCUGGACCUCAUGACUUUAAUUCUAUAGUAAUGAUGAUGCUAGAUACUGGAUGAUGGUGACAGAUCGUGAUGUAUAGAAUGGCACUCUUUGCGCUUAACAUGAAUUCUUCCAGUAAUCCUUUCAUAUACAUAUCCUUAUAAUAUUUCAGUUGCACUGUUUUACCACUGAGAUGAUUGUCCAAGCAUCAAUCCCACUGGCUGUGUCAGAAGAGUAAUUUUACACAUUUAAAUUAUCCUUUUUUGAAGUUUCCAAUGAAUGGAUGAAAAUUUAAUUUUUAUGCAUUUUCUGCCCCAAAGAGUAAACAGGAAAAAAACUCUAACCUUUUUUCUUUUUAUUUAACCCCUUAAGGACACGACAUGUGUGACAUGUCAUGAUUCCCUUUUAUUCCAGAAGCUUGGUCCUUAAGGGGUUAAGCCAGCUGACUAAUAGUGAUGGAAGUGAGUUCAGUAUCUGGAGAGCAAAAGGUUUGGUUUAUUUUGUAUGUGAAAAAUAUAAAGUAAAAACUAUAUAUAAUAGAGAUCAAGAAGUCAUUUUUAGUACUUCUUGUGCCUAUUUAAGAACAGAAUAUAUUGCAUCAAUUUUAUUUAAGAUCCUUCAGAAAUCAGCCUAGAUUGUAUGAUACUUUAUUUUUGUCAUAUUGAAGAUUAACUUGUAAUUGUGAAAGGUCAAGUAUGCAUUUUUGUAUAGGUGAUUAGUGUGUUGUAAACUGAGAGCAUGAAGCUUUGUUUUUUCUCUAUUGAGUUUUGUUGCAUUUUCUUGGUUAGAAUGGUUAAAAAGAGGGAGAAAAUUUCUUGUGAGCUUUGUUCUUUUUUCUGGGUUUACUGAUGGGACUGUUAAGUGGUAUAGUUACCAUUAUUAACACCUCAAAAGCUUGUCGCAUUCUAUUUAAUCAUCACGGUUUGGUCUUUAAAGGAACACUCCAAGCACUGUAACAGUUACAGCUUUAGAACUUUUUGACUUACCUGUGGUCUGUCAUGCACCGAUUUUUGCUCUUCUCUAGGAGGAAGCUGCUAUGCCUGGUGGUGUAGGGCUUAACCCAUUGGCUUUGGACGAUCAUCUAACUCAAGAGAGUAGAUGGAAGCACCUAGCAGGGUUUUUAGCCUCUCACUUCCUGUUUAGAGCAGGCAGGCCGUGGUACCUGAUGAUGCUCAUGUAAGAAGUCAUACCGUUAUCAGACGGUUUGACUGCUUACAAUGGGGGAUGGGGUGUCAGGGUAAUCAUGGCACCAUAGUCAUUGGGGUUAUGGUGCUUGAAGUUUUCAUUUUAAAGACCUUAAGGGGAAUUUAAUACCUAUUCUAUUAUGUUAUAGCAGCCAUUUAUAUCUGAAUUGUAAAUUAAUAACUCUGGAAAGAGUUUUACUGGGCCAGUUUAUCACAUGAGAUGUUGGUCUAUAAAGAUCCACCUUCAAUCAUAGAAUUACUUCAACAUCUCAUGACACACAGCCUCCAAAAUACACUCCUCUCACCCACAAAACCCACAUACUAGUUACUUCACAUCCAGCACAUUAUGCUUUUAUCACACCUGACUCCUUAAUGAAAACAGCACCCACUUUAUUUUCUUUUGGCAACAAACACUGCAAAUUAUUUUUACAGUUCAAAGCCUGACGUCUGGCCCCAGAGUUAAUUUUAAUUGGGGCAAUGUGUACAGCAUUUGCUGUGAAGAGAUAUUUAUUAGAGAACAAUCACAUAAUAGAGAAUGCAGCCUUAUGACACUAUAGAACAAUUGCUGCUUGCAGGAGUUAGAAUGACUUUCGGUUAACACAAUUUUCUUCAGAUAAUUUUGUCAAGUAGCACCUUGUUCCUCAGAGCUUGGAUGUUUGAAAGUUUGCACCCCUUAUAGUGUCAGUCAUUUGUUAUGUGGAUAGUACAUUUUGUGGGACAAAUAGUUUUCUUAAACCAUGCACUAACAUUAUUUUCAGUCCCUUGCAUGUGGGCCUCCCUUGAAGAAUGAGCCUCGUAUUGUCACUCUAUUAUUACUUGGCCUACGUGCCACCAAUUGAGCCUUCAGAAUUGGCUUUUUUUUCCCACUCCUAAUUGCAAACAAGUGGUUUAUGCCUUUUCUGUGACUUGUUGGUUUUGGGUUUUUUAUUUGUAACCUUGUUUUUUUAUAUAUAUUAUAUGGAAAUACAAAAUGUUUGCUUUUUGCUGUUCGUUAAUGUGGUAGAAAACCUUUGUGAUGUUUAAAAUUCACAAACUCGAGUUCUUUGUAGAAGUUUGGUUUGUCCAGUGAAUAACUAAAUUCAGCUGUCGGUCUGUCGGUGUAGUUUUGUAAAACCUGGAAACAUUGUCUUUAAAUUCUUUGUGGGUUAGUUGAUGAUGCAGUAUCAAAUUUGUGAAUGGUGUACCAGUUACCAUUUAGAACAGAAAAAUUAGUGAUGGUUAUUAGACCAGUCAUAACUAAAUGUCACGGUAGGGAUGGAUGUUUACUAUUCAGGGACUUGCAAAUGUCGUUUUUUUUUGUUUUUACUGAAAAUCUAGUAGAUUUUUAUGAAGCAGGUCAAAUUGUCGUGCUGCAUUUUGAAAAUGUUUUUUUGUUUGUUUUUUAAUAAAAAAAACAAAAACAAAGUAAACUAAAGAAGCACAGAACUGAAAGAAAAAUGAACUACCCAAAUAAGCCUUGUGAGUCCUGUAAAAAACCCGGCAGCUUUUUCUGAAUACAAUAUAUAGCAAAUAACUUGCCAGGCUUGUCAUGACAUAAAUGAUGUUUUUGUAGAGGUACUCCAAACAUACGUCAUUAUGUUUGUAGUAGAUCUACCCUUUUAAAUGGCAUUUAGCUGUGUGUAAUACUAUGUCUCCUAAACCCAGUAGGAUUUACUCAGAGGAAUGCUUACUAGAUUUUUGUCAAGAUUAUGUUUGUUUCCACAUGUGGAAUUCAUGAAUUGGCAUAUUUGUACUGUGCUACGGGAACAGUCCAAGCACCAUAAAAAUUGCAGCAUACUGUAGUUAUGGUGCCAAGAGAGCCCUGGCAUUCCACCAGUGUAAGUGGCUACGCUUACCUUGAGUCUGGUGCCUGCGCCAUUCACUGCCAGAAUGAGUGGGGUGUAACUCAUUGGCUGAGAGCAAUCAGCUGACGCCGGAGCUUCCGGCUGUUCAUACAGGUGCCUGGCAGACUCUGGCAAGAAGUCAAACUGUUGGUAAACUACUUGCACUGGGGGAAUGGCACAUGGGCACUCCGAGCACUAUAACCACCAGAACAUGCUGUAGUGGUUAUGGUACUUGGAAUGUUUCUUUGAAAGAACUUCUCAUUGUUAAAUCUUUUUUACUAUUACUAAUACCUGGAUCUGAGCCUUCCAGUCCACCUAAAUACUGUUAAUUAUCAGUUUAUAAUAUGCAGUGUGUCCUUGGCCCAACAAUGCAUAUAUAUUUUCUAAAAUCCACUAUGUUCAGUCAGUGUACACACUAUAUGGUUUAUUUACUAAACAAUGAAUUGCAGUGCAUGAAUCUAUGGUCAUUUAGGUUAAGGAUUGACACUUGCAGAUUGAAAGAUGGUGACUAUGUGGCUCAGCGUUAAAAUUACAAAAUCUAGCAAUUUUUGGGGAAUUAAGGGUUUGCUGUGCAGAUACUAUGGAAUUGAUACAAUGGAAUGCCAUUGUCACAUUGUUCCUUUUUAAACACAUUUAUAGGCACAUUGACGAGCAAGAAUCAGAUUGUGAAGUCAUUGGGCCCAUUGUAUUGAAGCUGUAAGUUUAUAACUAUACUUUUUUCAAUAUUGAUGAUCUGUGGGCACGCAUGUAUACAUACCCCUUGGUACGUUGCAGCGCUAAGUGCUCUUCAAAUUAUACAUUGUCAUAAUUUUUGAUAUUGAGAUUUUUCACCUGCUCUUUAUACAUUGCCUCUCCCCUGUUUUCCUUUUUAUUUUUUUUGUAUUUCUACAUAUUUCUCUCUAUAAUUUGACUUGUGUAAAUAUUUUUUUUUUUUUAAUACUUUCAAGUGUUUGCACAAAAAUGAAUAUUUUUAUUAUAGAUUUUCUUUUAUACAGUGUGAAGGCUAUGCAUUUCUUUUGAUCUUUGUGUUCAACAUUGUUGAUUUUUUUUUAAAUUUUUUUUUUUGUUAAUAUAAUAUAUGUAUACCUGGUUUCAGGCUCAGAUUACAUUUCUUGGUAUUCAAGACAUUUUUAAGGAGGGAAAUUAUGAAUUUUGUUUUCAGCUGUGAGUUUCAGGAAAUAAACGACGCGUUUUGUGCAAGCUUUCACUUUAGACAGCUGGCUGAAACUUUGCAAGCCGUUUCCUCUCCCUGGGCAUAUAACUUUACCUAUUGGACACAGAAAACCAUUUCAUCUUUUGAGUUUUAUAACUUAUUUUGCAGUUGAUAUGAAUACUAUAAUAUCUAAAUGCAUAAUUUCUUUUUUUAUAUAUAUAUAUGCUGUAAUAAAUAGGUUUCUGUGAAACUGAAAUUAAAUUCUGUGUUAUGUCUUAUCCGUACAUUUUCACAUAUACAUAUGAAUGUGGUACAGUUGAGUGUGGUUUUUGUAACACAUGACUGGAG